UUUCUUUCUUUCUUUUCAAGGCUACUUUAGUAAGCCAAAUAUUAAUAAUAAAAAAAGGGGAAAAGUUUGGUUUAAAGCAAAAUAUGAUGUGUUGGUUUGUGUUGCCUGGGAAUUUGGCUAUGGCUUCAGAUUCUUAACGCUUAGAACAAAGCUAUACUACUAGGGGGCCGCCCUUCCUUCAGCUGCUACUCGUUUUUAGUCUCGAUUGCUCAUCAUCUUCUUCUCUUCUUGGGAUUUUCAAGCUCCCUUUUUUCUUUUUUUUUUUCUUUUUUUUUUUUAAAAAAAAAUUGUUUAUAUAUAUAGAUAUAGAUAUUAUAUAUUUAUUACCUAUCACCUUCAGUGGUUGUGUAUAUGGAUUCUGCGGCUAAUCUCCAUCAGCUUCAAGAACAGCUUCUUGUUCCUUCUUCUUCUUCUUCGUCUUCGUCUUCCUCUUUGCCCGUCAUUUCAUCGUGUUUAGGCCUUGGAAGCAGCCAUGGCUGGACUCCAAACGUAUCCCCGAAUAGUAAUAGUUGCAACUACAACCCAAGAAUAUUCAAUGGAUUCACUUCGUGUCCAAGUAGAUCAGAUUGUGGGCAGAAAAAUACAAACAGUUCUUCAAUGCUUCAAGAUUUGGGGUUUCAGUGGAGUGGCGCCGUGAAUACAGGGACCUUUUUCACCCAAUCUCUACACGACCCACAAGCUGGAAAAAUCAAAGACGAAAUCUCAUCUUUCCCCAAAUUCACACAAAUCUUGAACAACCCUUCAUCUACAAAUCAAGAUUUCCAUCAUUUUCCUUCUACAAAUCAAGUAAAGAAUAAUAGCAACAAUGAUUCGGAUCUUAAUGACCUCACCAACAAGCUCUUGAUCAAAACCCUUAUUUCAUCCGGCUGUCAAAUCAACGGUGGUGAUCCUACCAAACCAAAUAGACCCCAUUUCGCUCAAAUAUACCCUAGUAUUAAUGUCUCUAAUUGGAACCUCUCAUCUCCGGCGCCGGCGUUCUCAAAUUCCUUAGAUUUGAACUUACAAACCCCGGCCGAUAUGUUGCUCUCCGCCGCCAAUUUCAGCCACUCGCCGGAUAGUUUUGGUUCUUUUAAACAAACGCUUUCCGAUUUUCAAGACCAGAUGCAUCCGCCGCCGGCGAGCCUCCCAUGCAUUCCAAAUAAAAGAAAACCCUUCAGCACUGAAGCAACCGAACCUAAACGACCUUGUAACUCCAUGGAGUCCAGCCUGAAUCAACAAUCUCCUCCUCCUAAGAAAUCGCGAUUGGACUCACGCGCUUCUUGCCCUCCAUUUAAGGUUAGAAAAGAAAAAUUGGGUGAUAGAAUUGCAGCCCUCCAACAAUUGGUCGCACCCUUUGGCAAGACAGACACAGCAUCUGUGCUAAUGGAGGCCAUUGGAUACAUAAAAUUCCUUCAAAAUCAGGUCGAGACAUUGAGCGUUCCAUACAUGAAGCCCUCCUCCAACAAAAUCACAAGGCCAACACAUCGGAGUUCGGUGGAGGACGGAAAUGAAGAGCGGCCAAAUCGAGAUCUCAGAAGUAGAGGGCUGUGCUUGGUUCCAUUGGGGUGCUUGUCUUACGUGACCGGCGACGGCGGCGGAAUUUGGCCGCCGACGGGGUCUAAUGGAGGAACUCUUGAUAAAUAUAAUUAAAAUAUAUUUAUUCUCGGAUGAGUUUAAGAAAGACUAGGGCUCUGUGAAUUAAUGGAGCAAAUUUGGUCAGUCUGUUUAAAUCAAUGGAGAGAUACAGAAAUGGACCAAGUUUGAUCCAUUAAUAUUAAUCAUUUCAUGUAUUGUUAAUGAUCCCUUGGAUCAAACUUCACAUCCUUAUUUUGCUAUCUGUUAAUUAUCCUAUUACCCUUUAAUUA